AAGUGUUCUUAUUUUGAAUUUAGUGUUUUUUUUUCAAAGAGAAAUGUCAAAUGGAAUAUGUUCUGACGUUUCAAAGCAGUACAUAGCUGUACCGGGAUAACCAUUCACGUUUUGGUGUUUAAAGAUUUCGUAAACCUAUCGAAAAUAAAUCAAAAAUGUUACGUUCAAUACUGACAAGAUCUAUGGCCACUUAUAGACGACCACUCUCUGUUAGCCAUCUCCCUUUGGUUGAACAAUUCCAAUCAAGUCCCGAAUAUACCGUGAGGCACAGAACAUCUACACCGCUUAAUACCAUAAUAAUGUUUGUGCCACAGCAAGAAGCUUGGAUUGUCGAGCGGAUGGGAAAAUUUAAUCGAAUCCUGGAUCCAGGAUUAAACGUCCUUAUGCCGUUUGUUGAUCGUGUCAAAUACGUUCAAAGUUUGAAAGAAAUCGCAAUUGAUGUGCCCAAGCAGAGUGCUAUCACCGUAGACAACGUCACUCUAGGCAUUGAUGGUGUUCUAUACUUACGUAUUGUUGAUCCAUAUCUUGCGUCCUAUGGUGUUGAAGAUCCAGAAUUUGCAAUUACACAACUGGCACAAACAACUAUGCGAUCAGAAUUGGGAAAAAUGACACUGGACAAAGUGUUUCGUGAGCGGGAAUCGUUGAACGUAUCGAUCGUCGAUGCUAUAAACAAAGCUAGUGAAGCGUGGGGUAUAACAUGUCUUCGAUACGAGAUUCGGGAUAUAAAACUACCAUCAAGAGUGCAUGAAGCAAUGCAAAUGCAAGUAGAAGCCGAGCGUAAAAAACGAGCUGCAAUUCUUGAAUCAGAAGGUAUUCGUGAUGCUGAAAUUAAUGUGGCUGAAGGUAAACGGCAGGCCCAAAUACUUGCCUCAGAAGCUCAAAAGUUAGAACAAAUAAAUCAUGCGACUGGUGAAGCCGCAGGCAUGAUCAAAGUUGCCGAAGCCCGAGCUGUUGGAUUGACUGUUAUUUCAAAGGCAUUAUCACAGAAUUACGGGAGCAAUGCUGCCUCUUUAACAAUCGCUGAGCAAUACGUGAAUGCAUUCAAUCAAUUAGCUCGCACAAAUAACACAUUGAUCUUGCCUUCGAAUGCUGGCGAUAUUUCAUCGCUAGUGGGACAAGCCAUGUCCAUAUAUAAAACAAUCGCAAAGGAACAAGGUAGUGAAACUCCAGACAGCAACAGCACUUUAAACGAUAAAACACAAACACAGCAACAAUAACCAUAAAACAAAACAAAUCCACAAUAAAGAAGUGAUUAAAAACAC